AUGGCUACAUACCCUUUCCCUAUACCGCACGACUCCCCCUUCCCGAUGGGGAAUAUUCCUUUUGGAAUUUUCAGUACCGAAGCACAUCAAACCCCACGGCCAGGGGUCGCGUUAGGGGACUUUGUCCUUGAUCUACAAGAAUUGAUUGCUCUUGGACUCGAGUACUCAUUGUAUGCCUUGACUUACUUACCCUUUUUAUUACCCAAGUCCUCAUUGAAUCAAUUUACUGCCCUGGCACCGAGUCUGCGCCGUGAUUUUCGCUCGUCAAUCCAGUCAAUGAUCCAUAAUGAGGCUUCAGUCCUCUAUAAGCCCGUAGGCCCUGGCCGCCGCCCUGCAAUUGUUCCCGGAACAGAAGCAAAGAUGCAUUUGCCCAUGAGAAUUGGAAGCUUCACAGACUUCAUGUGCUCGUUGGAGCAUGUACAGACCGUUGGGAAGCUUGCAGGAUAUCCCACGGUCCCACCGAACUUCUAUCACAUCCCGUUGGCCUACAACGGGAGAGCUUCUUCGAUUAUCGUCAGUGGCCAAGACCUUCCCCGACCGAUAGGCAUGCUGCCAGGAUCUGACAUCCCAUACUACUCGCACAGCCGAAAGCUUGAUUACGAGGUAGAAAUGGGGGUCUUCAUCUCACAAGAGAUACCCUACGGCGAAUCAGUCAAUGCAGCAACUGCACGCGAACACAUCUUUGGCUUUGUCUUGAUGAAUGACUGGAGCGCUAGAGAUAUCCAGUUCUACGAAAUGACGCCUCUGGGGCCGUUUAAUGGCAAGGCUGCAGGCACUAGUAUCUCGCCUUGGAUUGUCACGUUGGAUGCGUUGGAGGAAGCGGGUGCUUUGAUCGUGUCAGAGGCGCGCGGAUUAGUGGGGGGAAAGAACACGAUGUCUCCGUUCUUGCAGUGUCCUUAUGACAUUUCUGCUCAAGUCAGACACUCAGGGGAUGGAGGGUCAUCGAAGGAAAUGCUUGGAAUAUCAGACCUCAAGCAUCUUCACUGGUCCCCGUUCCAGAUGUUGGCACAUCAAAGCAGCUCUGCAUGCGGAAUAUCUACUGGCGAUCUUUUUGGAACUGGUACUCUCUCCUCAACAGUAGAGCAGUCUGGCUGUCUUCAAGAGAUAGUAUCGGGUGGGCAACGCCCCAUGAAACUAUCAGACGGAUCAGAACUAACUUGGUUGGAGGAUGGUGACACUGUAAUUAUGGAGGCUUGGGCAGGUUCUAGGGGAAAGCAAAUUGGAUUUGGAGAGCUACGUACCCUUGUUACUCCAGGAAGAACCCCUAACUCUGAAUAG